AUGGCCGCUCAAAGGAAUCUUUCCAAGCGCAGAGCGCUGCUGCUGUUGCUGCUCUCCCAGUUCUUCGGUAUGCGGUGGGAGGUCGAAGCUCGGCAGAUCCGCUACUCCGUUCCCGAGGAGUUAGAGAAAGGCUCUUUCGUGGGUAACAUUUCCAAAGACUUGGGGCUGGAGCCCCGGGAGCUGGCGGAGCGCGGAGUCCGCAUCGUCUCCAGAGGUAGGACGCAGCUUUUUGCUUUGAACCCCAGAAGCGGCAGCUUGGUCACCGCGGGCAGGAUAGACCGGGAGGAGCUGUGCGCUCAGAGCGCGCGGUGCUUGGUGAAUUUUAACAUCCUUGUGGAAGACAAAGUGAAACUUUUCGGGAUUGAAAUAGAUGUAACUGAUAUCAACGAUAAUGCCCCCAAAUUCCAAGCUGAAAAGGUGGAUGUAAAAAUUAAUGAAAACGUCGCUCCAGGAAUGCGUUUUCCGCUCCCAGAAGCAGUUGACCCGGAUGUGGGCGUGAACUCCCUGCAGAACUACCAGCUCAGCCCCAAUAAGCACUUCUCCCUAGCCGUUCAGAGCCAUGCCAGUGGCGUCAAGUACCCGGAGCUGGUGCUGGAGCACGCGCUGGAUCGGGAGGAAGAGGCACUACACCAUCUGGUGCUCACUGCCUCUGAUGGGGGUGACCCGCUCCGAACUGGCACUGUGACAAUCAGUGUGACUGUCUUCGAUACAAAUGACAACGCACCAGUCUUCACCUUGCCAGAAUACAGAGUGAGUGUUCCUGAGAACUUCCCUGUGGGCACACAACUGCUGACAGUCAGAGCCACCGACAGGGAUGAAGGAGCCAAUGGAGAAGUGACAUAUUCAUUCCGAAAAAUACCUGACAUACAAUUGUUGAAAUUCCAGCUAAACAAAAAUACUGGGGAGAUAAAACUAUUAGAAGAUCUAGAUUAUGAAGAAACAGGUUUCUAUGAACUAGAAGUACAAGCAGAAGACGGAGGAGCAUAUCUUGCAACCACCAAAGUGUUGAUUACAGUAGAAGAUGUAAAUGACAACAGUCCAGAUGUGACCAUCACAUCUCUCUUUAGCCCCCUGAUGGAAAAUUCACCGCUGGGGACAGUUAUAGCUCUUCUGAACGUGCAUGAUCUAGACUCUGGGCAGAAUGGACAGGUGACCUGUUCCAUACCCAGAAAUUUACCAUUUAAGUUAGAAAAGUCCAUUGACAGUUAUUAUAGACUGGUGACACAUGGAGUCCUUGACAGGGAACAGGUAUCCUCUUACAAUAUCACAGUAACAGCCACAGAUGGAGGAAGCCCACCCUUAUCAACAGAGACUUACUUCAUCCUGCAAGUGGCAGAUAUCAAUGACAAUCCGCCCACCUUUUCUCAUACCUCCUACUCGACCUAUAUCCCAGAGAACAACCCUAGAGGUGCCUCCAUCUUCUCUGUGACUGCCGUAGACCCAGAUAGCAAAGAGAAUGCUCGGGUUAUUUAUUCCCUAGCUCAAGACACCAUCCAAGGAGCACCCCUAUCUUCGUAUAUCUCCAUAAACUCUGACACAGGAGUCCUAUAUGCUCUGCGGUCCUUUGACUAUGAACAAUUUCGUGAUCUGCAGAUGAAGGUGAUGGCCACUGACAGUGGGGACCCUCCACUCAGCAGCAAUGUGUCACUGAGCCUGUUUAUUCUGGACCAGAACGACAACACACCUGAGAUCCUGUACCCUGCACCCCCCACAGAUGGAUCCACAGGUGUGGAGCUGGCACCCCGCUCCGCAGAGCCUGGCUACCUGGUGACCAAGGUGGUGGCGGUGGACAGGGACUCGGGCCAGAACGCCUGGCUGUCCUACCGCCUGCUCAAGGCCAGCGAGCCAGGGCUCUUCUCAGUGGGGCUGCACACGGGCGAGGUGCGCACUGCGCGUGCCCUGCUGGACAGAGAUGCGCUCAAGCAGAGCCUGGUGGUGGUGGUGCAGGACCACGGCCAGCCCCCACUCUCGGCCACAGUCACUCUUACUGUGGCCAUGGCUGAUAGUAUCCCAGACAUCCUGGUUGACCUUGACAACCUGGAGGUUCCACAGGACUCUGAUGCCUCAGGCCUGACCUUGUACCUGGUGGUAGCACUAGCUGCAGUCUCCUGUGUCUUCCUGGCCUUUGUCAUCGUGCUCAUGGCGCUCAGGCUGCGGCGCUGGCACAUGUCACGUCUGCUACAGGUGUCAGGAAGCCGGCUGGCUGGGGAACCCCCCUCUCAUUUCGUGGGUGUUGAUGGAGUGAGAGCUUUCCUGCAGACCUAUUCGCAUGAGGUCUCCCUUACUGCAGAUUCUCGGAAGAGUCACCUGAUCUUCCCGCAACCCAACUAUGCAGACACCCUCAUCAGCCAGGAGAGCUGUGAGAAAAAGGAUCCUUUGUCUUUAUUAGAUGAUUCGAAGUUUCCCAUAGAAGAUACUCCUUUGGUUCCAUUAAAUUCUACAAUCUCUGAAGCUGAAAAUAGAUUGGCCGACAGCGAUAAGUAA